CGGUUUCUGGCACCUCGAGCGGCCCAUCCCGUAAGAGAGGGUUAGGUACUGCAGUCCCCGAACUCCGUAGAUCUCUCGCUUCUCUCGCUACGUUACCAUCUCUCAGUUAAAACAUCAAACACUUGCGAUUCUUUUCUUCCCUUUUUCUCCGUCCCGAGACGCGAAACCGAGAGCGAGAGGGAGAAAGCGAUCGACAUGGAUUUCUCCGAGCAAGACGUAGACAUAUUUGGGGAGGAUUUCGAGCAGGAGGGAGACGAGGAGGAGGAGGAGCGAGGCCGCGGGGAGGUCGACGAGGAGGAGGAGGACGGCAGCCGCGAUUCCUCCGCCUCCUCUUCGGCCUCAUCCUCCUCCAGCAGCGGCAGCGGCAGCGGGAGGAGCCGGGGCAGCAGCAGUAGGAGCAGCAGCGAUGGGGAGGAGGACGACACAGUCGCGACCACGAUCGGGGCCGUGGAGGUGGAAGAAGAGGAAAGGGAUCUCUUUGGCUCCGACAACGAGGAGUACAUGCGAACGCCGGCUCGUAGCCGGUUUCCAGUUCCCGUGUUACCACCUCUUCAAAGUACUAACAACCAUGGUAGAGGUAAUUUUGGGCGUGGUAGAUGGCAGUCUGGAUACUCCAAUGAUAGAGGUCCACCUCUGCUUCCACGACCAGGAUAUCCGCAAAGGCAAAACUUUGGCUAUGGUAGGUUUUCGCAUGCAAACGGGCGUAAUGAUGAACGCUUUGUUUCUGAAAUGAAGCUCACAAAGAGUGAAGAGACUUUGUCAAGGAAAGCCAUUGCAAUUCAAGAGCCCUGUGAGAUUGCAUGCUAUAGCCGGGUUGAAGGUGGAGAUGUCUAUUUUGAUGACCGCAGCUUGAGACUUUUCAAGCGUUCUAUUUGUCAGGAUGUUGGAGCAGAUCUGAAUCAAGGGUUUGAAUCAUUUGUUGAAAAGAGAGACUUGGGUUCUGAAGGUUUUGGUGAUCUUCUUGCCUGCAUAAGAAACAAAAAUAUACCUCUUCAAAAUAUACAUUUUGUGACUUUCCGUAACAAUCUCAACAAGAUACUGGCUACGACUUAUAUAAGAAAUGAGCCAUGGAAAAUGGGUGUGCACAAAAGAAACGGUGUUGUUUAUCUUGAUGUGCAUAAGCUUCCUGAAAGACCACAAAGUGAAGUAGACCGUCGAAGAUGUUAUUGGGGCUAUGCUUUUGAGAACCUUGCAACUGAGAACUCCAGAGAAAUCGAUGCAAAUGGCAAAGGUAUUGAUGCAAAUGUAGAAUUCUGUUCUGUAAUUAAAACCAAAUUAGGUGCACAUCGUAUUAUUAUGGGUGCGGAGAUGGACUGUUGUGAUUCAACUGAUGAUGGAAGGAGAUUCUAUGUGGAGUUGAAAACAAGCCGGGAGUUGGAUUUUCGUACAGAAGAACGAUAUGAACGGGAGAAGCUACUGAAAUUUUGGAUCCAAUCAUUUCUUGCUGGGGUCCCAUAUAUUGUAAUUGGAUUCAGGGAUGAUGCUGGGGUACUUGUCCGGACUGAGAGAUUAAGAACCAAAGAUAUAACCCAGAGAGUGAAAAUGAAAAACUAUUGGCAGGGAGGGGUAUGCCUGGCAUUUGCUGAUGAGGUUCUGUGUUGGCUCUACGGAACUGUUAAAGAGAACGAAGAUUAUGUCCUACAGUUUCUCCCACCUUUCCAUCGCUUGGAACUACUCCGAGCCCAGUCUUGCCCAGAUAUCGUCACUCAGCAUGUGGGGCAACUCUGUGUACCGUGAACCAGUUUUCCUUAUUGUCAUUUACUACACUCUAAUUUUACCUCGAGGAGAUGAAUACACUCGGCGGCCAUCAGGCAUCAAUUGCAUGUCAGAGUAUUUUCCGUGACCUUUAGACUUUCCAGAUGUAUCUCUGUAAUCUAUUAUGAAACUGCCAUUGUAUGCCAAUUGCUAUAAAUAGCAUUCUCAAAAACAGACUCCCGGUAGUUCUUUUUCUUUGGACACUGACGGAAUACCCUGUCCUGAGGCAAUCUGGAAACAUUGGGUCCACAAGGAUCCCUGGAUCAAUCUAAGGGCUUCCAUCAUUAAAUUUGUUUCAUAUUUUAUUCCACGAAUGAACGUGGUGUGGUCUGGGAUGUUGAAUCGUUUUAAUUUCGUUACUUAUAUGUUUGCUUCCA